UUUUUUUUGCGGGUAUAAGGAGAGAGCUUUAUUGAAUACUCAGAGAAGAGACACGCAAAAAAAAACUCAGAGAAGAGUUACAAAUGCUAAUGAAAAUCUUAGAAAACACAAAUGCUGAUGAAAAUUCUGGAAAUUGCACUCAAUCAAAUCGGUCCAUUUUUCAUCUGACGGCCAUCUUCAUUCUCUUUUUUUCUCAAACUUCUUUUGUACUAUGGGAGUAUAGAAAAUAGUGGUCAAAGUUGCAUGUUGAAGACUAAAGGGCUGCUUGGUUGCCCACUGCAGCUUGCCAUGCCACAUGCCACACUUCGGUGGCGCCGAUUUCCACCGCCACACCCGCCUAACCACUGUAGCGUGGCGAGGUGUGGCUACAAUCCAAACAUCCCCUAAGUCCCCUCUUGUUGCAUAAAAAAAAAAGACUACUAAGUCAGAUAUCCAAAACAUUACAAAUUUUAUUAAUGAAUGCAGUAGGGUUUAUUUCUCAACAAACAGAAGAGCAAUGAGAUGUUCACAGAAUCAAAACAUCUAUUGCAUGCACCAUGUGAAAUGUAUCGACGUUGCUGCAGCUGAGCCACGAGGUCUGUUUGGUUGCCAAUGCCAUGGUCAAGUUGUCAGCUACUUUGUUCACAAACACUCUGCACUACAUGUUGAUUCCAGAUGUGAAAACAUACACAAUGAUCUCAACGGGUAAAAGGUUCAAGCUCUUGCCAGUGAAAAAGCUCAGUUUAUCAAACAAAAAUGAUCUACGGUAAAAAAAAUGUCAGGGUCUCAACUAAUAACAGAGGUAAAUAGUUGAAGGCCGGUACUUCCAAGAAUAUCCAGAAAAAAGUGUAAAUUUCCAGCAUGGCAGCACAUAUAUCUAACAGUAAGAAUCCACUAUUCCUUUGGAUAAAAUAAAUCUAGACUAGCAUCCAGGUUCCAGGAUAGGGUAAUGACAUGCUCCGUCCUGUGAGCCUGAUAGCUCCCCUCAUUUUAACUGCGACACCCAAGCGCACUAGCAACCACCCAUUCUCAAAUGGGCUACAAGCUUCCAAGCCACGGCUGGGCCAAACCAAAAGACACGAAGAUGCAGUCUUCCCUCGCUGCACCAUCACCAUAUGGAAAUUUUGUCAGCUACCAGGUAGUACUACACUACUGGACACAGAGAGAUGAAAGCGACUUGUGUGAUACAUGACUUCGUUUUUGCAAGGGGAUAAACGCAGAUAGGCAAUUGAAGAGCCAGUAUGGGAUGAAUAAGGCCAGCCACAUGUUCUGGUGGUGUAUGUUCACCAGCUCUCGCAGGCGCCGAGUUUCUCCUCCAACCCAUGUUCAGGCUAAAGAUAUGAAGAGUUUAGCCGGUUAGGCCAUUCAUACUUGCUUUAGCUCUGCUUCAGCGUCUUUUUGAUGAGUAGAGGCUCCCUGUCUCGGCCCUCCUGCCGGUUGAGGCCGGCAGAGUGAUGAGUGAUCGGAGUCAUGCUUGUGAGAUUGGGCUUCGUCGUUGUAGCCUCCGUCGCAGCUUUAACUAUUAACAGAGCUAACAAUCGGGGCAGGCAUCAUAAAGAAAAUGGCCAAGCAAGGGAAAGGAAGGACAAGACACACCAUUCUGAACAUGGUGAGAAAGAAGAGAAGGAAGAGGUUAAAACAAUCAGCAGCAUGAUCAACUCAGCCCGAUCGCUAGACGAUGACGACGAUGAUAUGCUUUCCGAGAUUGAGAGUCUACUGUCAGGAGACAUUGACAUCCCUAUACCAAGGGAUCGGUUCGAUGUAAAUGGACGGUCAGGGUACAACGCUCACAUGGCUAAUGAGGCUGCUGAGAUAGACAGGCUGCGCAGCCUAGUGCGGGAGAUGGAGGAGAGGGAAGUGAAGCUCGAAGGCGAGCUGCUGGAGUACUACGGCAUGAAGGAGAUGGAGACCGACGUCGCUGAGCUGCAGAAGCAGCUCAAGAGCAAGACGGUGGAGAUCAACAUUCUCAACAACACCAUCAAUUCAAUGCAGGCAGAGCGGAAGAAGCUGCAGGAUGAGGUUGCUCGUGGAGCGGUAGCCAAGGAAGAGCUCGACAAGGCUAGAAGCAAGAUUAAGGAGCUGCAGCGGCAGAUACAGCUGGAGGCUGGCCAGACAAAAGGUCAGCUGAUGCUUCUGAAACAGCAGGUUAUCGGAUUGAAAGCCAAGGAGGAAGAGGCAGCCAAAAAAGAAGCCGAGGUCCAGCGAAAGCUGAAGAAGCUCAAGGAAUUGGAAUUGGAGGUUGUUGAGCUCAGGAGGAAGAACAAGGAGCUUCUGUACGAGAAGAGGGAUCUCAUAGUGAAGUUGGAUGCAGCAGAAGGGAAAAUAACAGAGAGCGAUGUUGUCGCCCACGCAAGAGAAAAGAUAAACAAGCUGAGGCAUACAAAUGAGGACCUCAUAAAGCAAGUGGAAGGCCUGCAAAUGAACAGAUUCAGUGAAGUAGAGGAGUUGGUGUACCUGCGUUGGGUCAAUGCUUGUCUGAGAUUCGAGCUCCGCAACUAUCAGACGCCAUCAGGGAAAGUCUCUGCCCGUGAUCUUAACAGGACCCUGAGCCCCAAGUCACAGGAAAGGGCCAAACAGCUUAUGUUAGAGUAUGCAGGAUCUGAACGAGGCCAGGGUGAUACAGACCUUGAGAGUGUUUCUUCAAUGCCUUCUACACCUGGAAGUGAAGACUUUGACAAUGUUUCAAUUGACAGUUCUUCCAGCAGAUACAGCUUCCUAAGCAAAAGGCCUAAUCUGAUGCAAAAGUUCAAAAAGUGGGGAAGCAGGAAGGAUGAUAGCAGUACUUUAGCCUCCCCAAUCAGUGGCUCUCCAAUGAGGAAACCAAAGGGCCCCCUGGAAGCUCUCAUGCUAAAAAAUGCAGGAGAUGGUACAGCCAUAACAACGUUUGGACAGAGAGAUCCCAGUGACAUCUUGGACGAGGAAAAUGUUGCAUCCUCAUUCCAAUUGAUGUCAAAGACAGUCGAAGGUUUUGCAGAUGAGAAGUAUCCCGCUUACAAAGACAGGCACAAACUUGCAACUGAACGGGAGAAGGCGAUAAAAGAGAAGGCUGGGCAAGCAAGAGCACAAAAGUUUGGUGGUGGCCAUAGUUCAGCUCUUGUUUCUUCUCCAGAAGGUGCACUCCCACCAAAACUUGCUCAGAUUAAGGAGAGAGCCCCAGCAGCUAAUGCUGCAUCCAGUGAGCAAUCUAGUGACAAUCAAAACAACACCCUGGUGGUGAGCCAGUUGAAGCUCGCCAACAUUGAGAAGAGAGCAACAAGAGUACCUAGGCCACCUCCCACUCGAUCAACCGCUGCUUCAGGAGCUACCAAUACUUCAAGUGGAGUACAAACACCACGUCCACCAGGUGCACCUCCUCCUCCGCCGCCGCCUCCUGGGAAAGCUGGUGGCCCACCGCCACCGCCACCACCUCCAGGUGCUCUACCCAGGAGCCUUGCUGGGGGUGACAAGGUACACCGUGCACCGGAGAUCGUGGAGUUCUAUCAAAGUCUCAUGAAGCGUGAAGCAAAGAAGGAGACAUCUCUAGGAUCAGUGUCAUCCAAUGUUUCUGAUGCCAGGAGUAAUAUGAUUGGAGAGAUUGAGAACAGAUCAACAUUCCUAUUGGCUGUCAAAGCUGAUGUAGAGACGCAAGGAGAAUUUGUUGAGUCCCUAGCAAGCGAGGUCCGAGGAGCAAGCUUUGUAAAUAUUGAUGUUGUUGUUGCAUUUGUUAAUUGGUUGGACGAGGAGCUAUCCUUCUUGGUUGAUGAACGAGCAGUGCUAAAACAUUUCGAUUGGCCAGAGAGCAAAACUGAUGCAAUAAGAGAAGCAGCUUUUGAGUACCAAGACCUGAUAAAGUUACAAAACAAGGUCUCAUCCUUUACCGAUGAUCCACAACUUUCAUGUGAAGAAGCUCUCAAGAAGAUGUAUUCCUUGCUUGAGAAGGUGGAGCAGAGUGUCUAUGCACUACUCCGCACUAGAGACAUGGCCAUCUCACGUUACAAGGAAUAUGGGAUCCCAGUUGACUGGCUGUCUGAUUCUGGAGUAGUUGGCAAGAUAAAAUUGGCAUCUGUCCAGCUCGCAAACAAGUAUAUGAAGAGGGUUGCUUCAGAACUUGAUGCUUUGCAAGGCACCGAGAAAGAGCCCAAUAGAGAGUUUUUGCUUCUCCAGGGUGUGAGGUUCGCUUUCCGAGUUCAUCAGUUUGCCGGAGGCUUUGAUGCAGAAAGUAUGAAAGCUUUUGAAGAGCUAAGAAGCAAGAUGGCUACACAGCCAUCAGCUGCGCAGAUAACUGAGGCAUAAUUUGAACACAGGAGUCAAUACACAUCUGGCUCGAAAAGCCAUUUUUAGUUGAUUAGCUUACGUGUACAAAAGAGAAGUGUAAAUUUCAGUAUUGCGUAGGACAAUAAAAGUCUUCAGGUUUUGUUCAUAGAUAUACCAGUUUUACUUAAAGAGUAUAGAUCUUUUUUUUCAUUUAAAGGCUGUAAAUUGUGCACAAGCAAUUUCUGAAAAAGGAAACCUAGCAGGUAGCCAGAUAUAUUCUAACUGAGCGUAGUUUUGCUGCUAA